AAUAUUUGAGAGGUCCCUAAUCUUCUCCUAUUUCCCCAAAACACCCCCGACUGAAAUAAGAGAAAGAAAACCCCAUCUUAGCAUCAGCCUUAAACCAUCGCUCCCAGUUCUCUUUCUAGCUCGCCCCACUCCGCGCAAGAACGACUGGUAGCGGCGAGACGAGCAAUCGCCGUAACUCGAUCUUCCCCUCCGCCAUCUUCGUUUUCUCCUCCUCGUUCUUCCAGAGGCAUUAGUUUGUUGAACCAAUGGCGUCCAAAUUGCAUCAGUUGAAAUCCAAGGCUUGCCAAGCUACUCAGUUCGUAACCAAGCAUGGCACCACCUACUACAAGCAGUUAUUGGAGCAGAACAAGCAGUACAUUCAGCAACCUGCAACUGUUGAGAAGUGCAAUGAAUUGUCCAAGCAAUUGCUCUACACUCGACUAGCCAGGUAUCCCCCAGCGAAAUGAAGCAUUCUGGAAGGAACUUGACUACGUGAAGAACUUAUGGAAGAAGAGGCAGGACUUGAAGGUCGAGGAUGCUGGCAUUGCUACGCUGUUUGGACUCGAGUGCUUCGCUUGGUAUUGCGCUGGUGAAAUCGUUGGGAGGGGAUUCACCUUCACCGGCUACUACCCUUGAGAGAGAUGAUAACCCCACGUUGUUGAACGGUUUGUUCGGAGAGUUAAGCUUCGGUUGUCAUCUGCGUCAUUGAAACGUACUGCUGGCACUUUACUACUCGCAGAUUUUACUUUCCUUUACUUCUCCUGCAAUUUUUUUUGAAACCCCGAGACACCAGUGGUUGCUUGUGCGGCCCCAAUAAUUUGAUAGGUCGAAGCUGAUUUAGGAGUUCUGCGGUUGGUUUCAUUUCUCUGUCCAUUAAGAUCACUACUGUUUCUCUCAUGGAAUGAUUGAUAAAUUUCUCAACUGUUCAGUUAAAGUUCAGUUCGACGCUCGAUCUUGUAUCCAGCGUGCUCAUCC